CUCCAGGCGAUUAGCGCGCGGCUCCGCUCCCCCGCCUGGGUGGCCGCAGGAGCGCGGCAGCAGCAGGUGGCGGUGGCCGCGGCCGCAGCAGCGACAGCAGCGAGGGAGUUAACCCUGUGGCGGCGGCGGCGGAGGGGGCAGCAGCAGCAGCAGGGGGACCGAGGAUCAGGCGGCAGCGGCAGCAGCAGCAGGGGACUGAGGAUCAGGCGGCAGCAGCAGCAGCAGCCGGGUUGCUAGGGAUGGAGAGAUCCCGUGUCACCCGGAUGUGAGUGUCAUGUUGGCCCAAACUCUAAGGGAUUUGGCAGCGGCGGCAGCGGCAGCAGCAGCGAAGCAGCAGCGGCAGCAGCAGGAGGAGGAGGAGGAGCAGCAGCAGCAGCCCCUCGCGUGUCGCUAGACACUACCAUGGGGGUCGGAUAGUGGGGAGCGCAGGGGGCAGCGCGCACCUGGCUUGGGGUAGGGUCGGGGGCGUCUCUGCUUUUUUCUUUUUUUCCCCCCUCCUCUCACACACCGGAGAAAGUGAGAAUAAUGCAUCACCACCAGCAGCAGGAGCAGCACCCUGAAGAGGCGAACUAUGCAAGUAGCACCAGAAUUCCUCUCCCUGGUGACGGACCAACUAUUCAGUCGAACAGUUCAGCACCAUCCAAGCAAACUGUUCUGUCUUGGCAAGCUGCAAUUGAUGCUGCUAGACAAGCAAAGGCUGCCCAAAAUAUGAGUACUACCACAACCCAGCCUGUAGGAUCUCUGUCCCAAAGAAAACGCCAGCAAUAUGCCAAGAGCAAAAAACAGGGUAACACGUCCAAUAGUCGGCCACCCCGUGCCCUUUUCUGUUUAUCCCUCAAUAACCCAAUACGAAGAGCCUGCAUUAGUCUAGUAGAAUGGAAACCGUUUGACAUAUUUAUACUACUGUCUAUUUUUGCCAAUUGUGUGGCCUUAGCUGUUUACAUCCCAUUCCCAGAAGAUGAUUCUAAUUCAACUAAUCAUAAUUUGGAAAAAGUAGAAUAUGCCUUCCUGAUAAUUUUUACAGUUGAAACAUUUUUGAAGAUUAUAGCAUAUGGAUUAUUACUGCACCCCAACGCAUAUGUAAGAAAUGGAUGGAAUUUAUUGGAUUUUGUAAUAGUAGUAGUAGGAUUAUUUAGUGUAAUUUUGGAACAAUUAACCAAAGAAACAGAAGGUGGCAGCCACUCAGGUGGCAAACCUGGUGGCUUUGAUGUCAAAGCCCUAAGAGCCUUUCGUGUAUUGCGACCUCUCCGGCUUGUAUCAGGAGUGCCCAGUUUACAAGUUGUCUUGAACUCCAUUAUAAAAGCCAUGGUCCCCCUGCUCCAUAUUGCCCUUUUGGUAUUGUUUGUAAUCAUAAUCUAUGCUAUUAUAGGAUUGGAACUUUUUAUUGGAAAAAUGCACAAAUCUUGUUUUCUUAUUGAUUCAGAUAUACUAGUUGAAGAAGACCCAGCACCUUGUGCAUUCUCAGGGAAUGGACGUCAGUGUGUCAUGAAUGGCACUGAAUGUAAGGGUGGAUGGGUUGGACCGAAUGGAGGCAUAACCAACUUCGAUAAUUUUGCAUUUGCCAUGCUGACUGUGUUCCAGUGCAUCACCAUGGAAGGAUGGACUGAUGUGUUAUACUGGGUAAAUGAUGCAAUAGGAUGUGAAUGGCCAUGGAUCUAUUUUGUUAGUCUUAUCAUCCUUGGCUCAUUUUUCGUACUUAACCUGGUUCUUGGUGUACUUAGUGGAGAAUUUUCCAAGGAAAGAGAAAAAGCCAAAGCCCGAGGGGACUUUCAGAAGCUACGUGAAAAGCAGCAGCUUGAAGAAGAUCUGAAGGGAUAUUUAGAUUGGAUUACACAGGCAGAAGACAUUGACCCUGAGAAUGAUGAAGAGGUUGAUGAAGAAGGCAAACGGAACACAAGCAUGCCCACUAGUGAAACUGAAUCAGUGAACACAGAGAAUGUGAGUGGAGAAGGAGAGAACCCAGCAUGCUGUGGGAGUUUAUGUCAAACUAUCUCAAAAUCCAAGUUCAGUCGACGCUGGCGUCGCUGGAAUCGAUUUAAUCGAAGAAAAUGUAGAGCUGCAGUAAAGUCUGUCACUUUUUAUUGGCUUGUUAUUGUCUUGGUCUUUCUGAAUACGUUAACUAUCUCAUCGGAGCAUUAUAAUCAACCUGACUGGCUGACCCAGAUCCAAGAUAUCGCAAAUAAAGUUCUUCUGGCUUUAUUCACCUGUGAAAUGUUAGUAAAGAUGUACAGCUUGGGCCUGCAGGCUUAUUUUGUAUCUCUUUUUAACCGCUUUGAUUGCUUCGUUGUUUGUGGUGGCAUUGUUGAAACCAUUUUGGUGGAAUUGGAAAUUAUGUCACCCCUUGGAAUUUCAGUGUUUCGCUGUGUUCGUCUCCUGCGUAUUUUUAAAGUAACAAGGCACUGGGCAUCCCUGAGCAACUUGGUAGCAUCCUUGUUAAACUCAAUGAAGUCCAUUGCUUCACUGUUGCUUCUGCUUUUCCUCUUCAUCAUAAUCUUCUCGUUGCUUGGAAUGCAGCUGUUUGGAGGCAAAUUUAAUUUUGAUGAAACUCAAACAAAACGGAGCACCUUCGAUAAUUUUCCACAAGCUCUUUUAACUGUAUUCCAGAUUCUAACAGGUGAAGACUGGAAUGCUGUUAUGUAUGAUGGCAUAAUGGCAUAUGGUGGCCCAUCAUCAUCAGGAAUGAUAGUCUGUAUAUAUUUCAUUAUCCUCUUCAUCUGUGGUAACUAUAUCUUGCUAAAUGUCUUCUUGGCCAUUGCUGUGGAUAACUUGGCAGAUGCUGAAAGUCUAAAUACAGCUCAGAAAGAAGAAGCAGAAGAAAAGGAACGGAAAAAGAAUGCAAGAAAAGAGAGUCUGGAAAAUAAAAAAAGCGAGAAGUCGGAAAGUGACCAGAAGAAGCCCAAGGAUAAUAAGGUGACAAUUGCUGAAUAUGGAGAAGGAGAGGAUGAAGAUAAAGAUCCCUAUCCACCCUGUGAUGUACCAGUAGGUGAAGAUGAGGAAGAUGAGGAGGACGAACCAGAGGUACCAGCAGGCCCACGUCCUCGAAGAAUAUCAGAACUAAAUAUGAAAGAGAAGAUAACACCAAUCCCUGAAGGGAGUGCCUUCUUCAUUUUCAGCAGCACCAAUCCAAUUCGAGUGGGAUGCCACAGGCUCAUCAAUCACCACAUCUUUACUAAUCUCAUCCUUGUCUUCAUCAUGCUGAGCAGUGUUUCCCUAGCAGCAGAAGAUCCAAUUCGCAGCCACUCUUUUCGAAAUAAUAUACUUGGUUACUUUGACUAUGCUUUCACAGCCAUCUUUACUGUUGAAAUCCUGUUAAAGAUGACAGCUUUUGGAGCAUUCCUUCAUAAAGGGUCCUUCUGCAGGAAUUAUUUUAAUUUACUGGAUUUGCUGGUUGUGGGUGUUUCUCUGGUAUCGUUUGGUAUUCAAUCAAGCGCUAUCUCAGUUGUGAAGAUCCUCAGAGUUUUAAGAGUCUUGAGGCCUCUAAGGGCAAUAAACAGAGCAAAAGGACUUAAGCAUGUUGUUCAAUGUGUCUUUGUGGCUAUUAGAACUAUUGGUAAUAUCAUGAUUGUUACAACUCUGCUGCAGUUCAUGUUUGCUUGUAUUGGAGUGCAGCUGUUCAAGGGAAAAUUCUAUAGGUGCACCGAUGAGGCAAAACAGAAUCCCGAGGAAUGCCGGGGGAUAUAUAUUGUUUAUAAAGAUGGAGAUGUUGAUAAUCCAAUGGUCAAAGAGAGGGUCUGGCAAAACAGUGAUUUCAACUUUGACAAUGUUCUGUCUGCUAUGAUGGCCCUUUUUACAGUAUCUACUUUUGAAGGCUGGCCAGCGUUGCUGUACAAAGCCAUUGAUUCGAAUGGCGAGAAUGUAGGACCUGUAUACAACUAUAGAGUGGAGAUCUCCAUUUUCUUCAUCAUCUAUAUCAUCAUUAUUGCUUUUUUUAUGAUGAACAUAUUUGUUGGUUUUGUCAUUGUUACAUUCCAAGAACAGGGAGAACAAGAAUAUAAGAAUUGUGAGCUGGACAAAAAUCAGCGUCAGUGUGUAGAAUAUGCCUUGAAGGCACGCCCUCUUCGUAGAUACAUUCCAAAAAAUCCUUACCAGUACAAGUUCUGGUAUGUGGUGAACUCUACUGGAUUUGAAUACAUCAUGUUUGUCCUCAUCAUGCUGAACACGCUUUGCUUGGCUAUGCAGCACUAUGGACAGUCUAAGCUCUUUAAUGAUGCAAUGGACAUUAUGAAUAUGGUUUUCACAGGAGUGUUCACUGUUGAAAUGGUUUUGAAACUGAUUGCAUUCAAACCUAAGGGCUAUUUUAGUGAUGCCUGGAAUACGUUUGACUCCCUCAUCGUUAUUGGCAGCAUAGUAGACGUCGUUCUCAGUGAAGCUGAUCACUAUUUCACUGAUGCAUGGAACACUUUUGAUGCCUUAAUUGUUGUUGGUAGCGUCGUUGAUAUUGCUAUAACAGAAGUUAAUCCAAAGCCAACUGAAACAGUCACAACUGAUGAGUCUGGGAACUCCGAAGACAGCGCUAGAAUCUCCAUCACUUUUUUCCGUCUCUUCCGGGUGAUGAGGUUGGUGAAGCUGCUUAGCAGAGGAGAAGGAAUCAGAACUUUACUGUGGACAUUUAUUAAGUCAUUUCAGGCUCUGCCUUAUGUUGCCCUUCUGAUAGCCAUGCUGUUCUUCAUCUAUGCUGUCAUUGGAAUGCAGGUAUUUGGAAAAGUGGCCAUGAGAGACAACAAUCAAAUAAACAGAAACAACAAUUUUCAGACUUUUCCCCAAGCCGUGCUUCUUCUCUUCAGGUGUGCAACUGGAGAAGCCUGGCAGGAAAUCAUGCUGGCAUGUUUGCCUGGAAAACGCUGUGAUCCAGAAUCUGAUUAUAAUCCAGGGGAGGAAUACACAUGUGGAAGCAAUUUUGCCAUCAUUUAUUUUAUCAGUUUUUACAUGCUUUGUGCGUUUUUGAUUAUCAAUUUAUUUGUGGCUGUCAUUAUGGAUAACUUUGAUUAUUUGACACGUGACUGGUCUAUUUUGGGUCCCCAUCAUUUGGAUGAGUUCAAAAGGAUAUGGUCAGAAUAUGAUCCUGAAGCAAAGGGAAGAAUAAAGCAUCUUGAUGUGGUGACAUUACUGAGACGCAUUCAGCCCCCACUUGGUUUUGGCAAAUUAUGCCCUCACCGAGUGGCCUGCAAGAGGUUAGUAGCCAUGAAUAUGCCACUAAACAGUGAUGGAACCGUCAUGUUCAAUGCUACUUUGUUUGCUUUAGUUAGGACUGCUCUAAAGAUCAAAACAGAAGGUAACCUAGAGCAAGCAAAUGAAGAACUUAGAGCAGUUAUAAAGAAAAUAUGGAAGAAAACCAGCAUGAAAUUACUUGAUCAAGUUGUCCCUCCAGCUGGCGAUGAUGAGGUAACCGUGGGGAAGUUCUAUGCCACCUUCCUGAUACAGGACUACUUUAGGAAAUUCAAGAAACGCAAAGAACAAGGACUGGUGGGGAAGUAUCCUGCGAAGAAUACCACGAUUGCUCUGCAGGCAGGACUAAGGACACUUCAUGAUAUUGGCCCUGAAAUACGCCGAGCUAUAUCCUGUGACUUGCAAGAUGAUGAACCAGAGGAAAACAAUCCAGAGGAAGAGGAAGAUGUGUAUAAAAGGAAUGGUGCCCUGUUUGGCAACCACAUAAACCACAUUAGCAGCGACAGACGAGAUUCAUUUCAACAGAUCAACACCACACACCGUCCCUUACAUGUUCAGCGGCCUUCAAUUCCAUCUGCAAGUGAUACUGAGAAAAACAUAUAUCCCCAGGCAGGAAAUUCUGUAUACCACAAUCACAACUCAGUAGGAAAGCAUGUUCCAAACUCAACAAAUGCCAAUCUUAAUAAUGCCAACAUGUCCAAAGUUGUUCAUGGAAAACACAUAAAUACUGGAAAUCAUGAGCAUAGAUCAGAAAACGGUUAUCAUUCGUACUCCAGAGCUGAUCACGAGAAACGUAGAAGGCCAAGCAGUAGGAGAACCCGCUACUACGAAACUUACAUAAGAUCUGACUCUGGUGAUGGGCGUCGACCUACUAUUUGCCGUGAAGAACGUGAAGUUCAGGACUAUUGCAAUGAUGAUCAUUAUUUGGGAGAGCAGGAUUAUUGUAGUGGAGAAGAAUAUUAUGAGGAAGACAGUAUGUUGUCAGGAAGCAGGCAUAUAUGUGACUACCACUGUAGAUAUCACUGCCAUGACUCAGAUUUUGAGAGACCAAAAGGUUACCAUCACCCACAUGGGUUUUUUGAGGAAGAUGAUUCACAGAUCUGUUAUGAUACAAAAAGAUCUCCUAGGAGACGGCUGCUACCUCCAACACCAACACCAAAUAGACGAUCUUCCUUUAACUUUGAAUGCCUCCGCCGACAAAGUAGUCAAGAUGACAUACCACUCUCUCCUUCUUUCCACCACCGCACUGCUUUACCACUUCACUUAAUGCAACAGCAGGUCAUGGCUGUAGCAGGUCUGGAUUCCAGUAAAGCUCACAGACAUUCACCAAGUCGUUCAACGCGUUCCUGGGCUACCCCACCUGCAACCCCUCCCAUCAGGGACCGUACGCCGUAUUAUACGCCUCUAAUCCAAGUUGAUAGGGCUGAAUCUACAGAACAGAUGAAUGGUAGCCUGCCCUCUUUGCACAGGAGCUCUUGGUACACAGAUGACCCUGAUAUUUCCUACCGAACAUUUACACCAGCCAAUUUAACUGUACCUAAUGACUUUAGGCAUAAACAUAGUGACAAACAGAGGAGUGCAGACAGUUUGGUAGAAGCGGUACUUAUAUCUGAAGGCCUAGGAAGGUAUGCAAAGGACCCUAAGUUUGUUUCAGCUACAAAGCAUGAGAUUGCUGAUGCAUGUGACAUGACUAUUGAUGAGAUGGAAAGUGCAGCAAGUAAUCUUCUCAAUGGAAGUAUCAGCAAUGGGACCAAUGGGGAUAUGUUUCCCAUUUUAAGCAGACAAGAUUAUGAACUUCAAGAUUUUGGUCCUGGAUACAGCGAUGAAGAACCAGAUACUGGACGAUAUGAAGAAGACUUAGCUGAUGAAAUGAUAUGCAUUACAAGCUUAUAGUAUUUAGUAAGGAAAAUGAUUUUAAUAACAGAAAAAGUGCCUCAUAGUUUAAAGAUGCUAGGCACUAGCUGGAGUUAAUAACCAAUUGAUUUUUGUACAAGUGAUGUCACACCUCAAGGAAGCCAUAACUAAUAAACAGAUUAUCUCCAGGUUGCUGAAAUGUGAUCAGAGCUGCAGUACAUCAGCUCCUACCACAGAAUCUUUGGUUCCUCUGUAGGAAAAAGGUUAUUGGGAAACCAAGCAGAUUCUGACAAUCAGUUUUUUGAGGGCUAGAGCAGGAUUCUGAGGUGUAAUAUCUUGCCUGUCCUUCAACCUUGUGCUGCUGUCCAUCAUAGUAGAGCAGGAUUUUGUCCAUCUGUAUGAGUCCAACACAAAAUUGUGUGGGAAAUAACUACAUGAGUGAUGACAACCAAUAGUGUCAUUACCUCAGCACUCAAUAGCAUAUCAGCUAUCCAUUGCAUAUCCAUUCUAAUAUUGUUUCAAACUUGCCUCCUGAUUUCUUUUCUUAAUGCUCUUCUAAAAUAGUUUGUCAUGCUCUACCUGUUAGAGAUCAUUGAAAAAAGAAGUUAGAUAAUAUUGUCAUAUGUAACACCAGUUUACAUAGGAAAAUAUCAUUCAGAUAGUCUGUUUUAUGACUAUCACAUUAAGGGCAAAAUAUACUGGAAUAAUUGCAUUCUUACUAAUGCAUUUGCAACCAGGUUAUAGUAGAAUUAGAUAAGAUAGUUUGCUAAAAAUUAUAUAGUAGAAAUUAUUGUAAAUGAAUUGUAAUAUACAAUGAUUUGUAUUUGUAAAGAGAUGUUCUAUAUUUUGUAAUUAUUGUACCGUAAUUGAACUGCAGCAAUAUUUAUGGACCCUGAUUAUUGUAACUCUCCACAGAAUUCUAGAUAUAAGUAUUUUUACUUGGAAUAUAUAGAGCUAUAGCAUAAAUAUUUAAAUAGAGCCACUUCUCAGUAUAAAUCUCUUUUCGGGAUAAACUAUCAAGUUUAAACUUGACAACACACUUUUUUUUUUUUUAAUUUUUGAGUCAAAUGCAUCUCUCUACAUAAGGGAUGCACAGUUGACUAUCUGCAGUCUUAAAUUGGAAAGUAAAAGAUUUGAAAUUAUUUUAACUUUUUGAUUGACAAUAAGCUGUGAUUUUAUUUUUGUAUUAAUCCCAUGCUAUAAAUAAAUAUUAAAAAAUCAUUAAAAAAUCAGCAAGUUCAUGCCAGAGUUUUACUGGCCAUGAGACAGUUAGUUUUGACAGCGUAUUACCCUAAUUACCUACCUUGAUAUGAAACAUCUAAGGCAGAAGUUAUUUCACAAGUAAAUGAGAAUGCUUUACUUCAGUACUGCAUACUACUCUGCUCAAAAAGAAAAAUAUGGUAAAACAAUUCUUCAUAGAACCAAAACACCUUGAUUAUGUGAAAAAAAUACUACUUCGUUGCCUCUACCCUUCUGUUGUUCUGUGUGUACUAUUUCAAAGAUUUAUUUUUAUGCAAUCAAAAGAGGGCUUAGAUAUUGUUCACAAUGCAGUAAAACCCUGAUAUGACUUUGAGGCUAAUACAACCUUGGAGGAAAAUCAAAGUGUUGAAAACUACCAUCUAUUUUAUUAGCACUGGAUAACAAUGACUUGUUCUAACAAGUUAUCUUAUCAGGUUUUACCUGUAGUUCAUAUGCUAGAUAGCAAUCCAGUUCACAUUUUUAAAAAUGUGAUAUUUAAAACAUGUCAAUAAACAUUUUGUACAUAAUAACAAUUUCCUAUGAAUACCUUACAAACUUCCUCUGGAAUCAUUCUUAUUUCGAAUGCCAGGAUAAGAACUUAAAGGUUUGUAAAUUAUUUCUUGACCUACAUCAUUUUGUAUUAAAACAAAUGCAAAAUGUUCUUCAAAAUAAACUGUGUAAUAAUUUUAUUUAA